UUUUUUUUUAUAUAUAAAUUUAUAUAAAAAAAUUAAAGGGAAAAAAAACAUAUUUUUCCCUAAUUUAAUAAUCAAAAAAAGUUUAAUUAUAUUUACAUAUAUAUAAACAUGUCUUAUGGUUGGAAUAGGGAUUCAAAUGCUCCUCCACAACAAUCGGCAGCAGAUCUCGCUAGUUCUUUUUUAAAUUCUGUUGGACAAGAACUUCAUGCAUCUAAUGAAAAUCCUUAUGGACAUGAAUCAAAAAGCCAUUAUAGUGAAAGUUUAGGUUAUCAUGGAGGUAAUGAUGAUUAUCGUAGAAGAGAUGAUGUAGAAAAAAGUAGCAGGGAUAGACGUCAUAGUAGUAGAGAUCGUUAUCGUGAACGAUCGCGCGAAAGAGACAGUCGACGUCGAAGAUCAAGAGACAGACGUGAACGUUCACCUCGUGACCGCCACGGUAGAAGUAGUAGAGAUGAUUAUCGUCGACAUAGAAGAAGUCCAAGUCCACGUCGCUCUAGUCAUAGAAGAAGUUCAAGCUCACGUCAUCGUAGCGAUGAAAGUGUAGUGCCUUUAAGUAAAAGACCACGUAGACUUCACAAUUGGGAUGUAGCACCUGCUGGUAUGGAAGGUAUGUCAGCUCAACAAGUGAAGUCUACUGGAUUAUUCCCCUUACCUGGUCAAGUUGUUGGCACCCGUACCCCUCAAUCCUUCCAACCCCCUCCUGUUAUUCAAAACACCCGUCAUCCAGUUAUGCAUGGAGCUGGUGCUACAGGCCCAGCUGCUGUAAAUACAACAUUGGCACGACAAGCUAGACGUCUCUAUGUAGGACAGAUUCCAUUUGGUAUUGAUGAAAAGACCAUGGCUGAAUUCUUUAACGCUACUAUGGAGCAACUUCGUCUAGCAGAUACAACACCCGUUACUUCUGUACAAAUCAAUCACGAUAAAAACUAUGCCUUUGUUGAAUUUCAAACGCCUGAGCAAGCCACACAAGCCAUGGCAGUGGAUGGUAUCAUGUUCCAGGGACAACAACUUAAGAUUCGUAGACCUAAAGAUUAUCAACCACCACCAGAGGGCGACUAUGUUGAUGUUCCAACUGUACCUGGUUUAGUCUCUACCAAUGUUCCUGAUACACCUAAUAAGAUCUUCAUUGGUGGUCUUCCAAUUUAUUUAAAUGAUGACCAAGUAGUCGAAUUAUUAAAGUCCUUUGGUGAAUUGCGUGCCUUUAAUCUUGUUAAAGAUCCUGUGACUGGUGCUAAUAAAGGUUUCGCCUUUUGUGAAUAUGCUGAUCCUAAUGUCACUGAUUUGGCUUGUCAAGGUUUGAAUAAUAUGGAACUAGGUGAUCGUAAAUUGGUUGUGCAACGUGCAAGCGUUGGAGCUAAACAUGGUACCAUCCCUCACGAAUAUCAUCAAUAUACUGGAAUUCCAGAUUAUUUACCUAUUACGAGUGCAAAGGAAGAGGAAGCGACACGAGUGUUACAAUUAAUGAAUAUGGUUACCCCUGAAGAAUUAGAAGAUGAUGAAGAAUAUCAAGAUAUUUGGGAGGAUAUUGCUGAAGAAUGCUCUAAAUUUGGUACAAUUAUAGAUAUGAAGAUUCCAAGACCUGUGAAAGAUACUCAAGUACCUGGUUGUGGUUUAAUCUUUGUAAGAUAUGAGACAGAAGAACAAACAUUAGAGGCUUUACGUGCACUUGCAGGUCGUAAAUUUGCAGAUAGAACAGUUGUAGCGACAUUUAUUGAUGAAGAGAAUUAUUUAACCGAUAAUUUUUAACAAAAAAAAAAAAAAAAAAA